AAGAGUGUAGAAGAGACCCGAGAGUCCGAGUAGUCGAAGCCAAACUCAGAGAACGCAUUUCGUUCCGAUCCGUGUUCCUCUACACAUAUAUAUUUAAUAUUUAUAUAUUAAAUUAUUUAUCAAUAAUAACUAAACUUGAAGUUUCUAUUCUCUUCCUGCAUCUCUGCUACUAAGCUUGUUCUUCUGUAUUCUUUUCAUUCAGCUGCAAGGUGAUUUACGGUGUUGGGAUUGGGACCACUAAUUUUAGAUAAUAUUAGUUGACUUUUUUACAUUUUUUACGAGGAUUUUUUUAAAUAAGUGCACGUGCUUUGAGUAAGUUGAUUUUUUAUCAAUCAUGGGUGGAUGCACGUCCAAGGAUACAGCUCCGGCUGAUGACAAAAAAAACGACAUGGUUGACCAGGCAGUAUUGGACAAAUUGGAGACUGGAUUCACCAAGCUCCAAAACUCCGACAGCAAAUCUCUGCUGAAGAAACACCUCACCAAGGAAAUCUUCGACGCCCUGAAGACCAAGAAGAGUGGAUUUGGCUGCACUCUCUUGGACGUCAUCCAAUCCGGAGUCGAGAACUUGGACUCUGGUGUCGGUAUCUAUGCUCCUGAUGCCGAGUCUUACACUCUGUUCGGUGAUCUCUUCGACCCCAUCAUCGAUGACUACCAUGGUGGAUUCAAGAAGACUGACAAGCACCCUCCAAGGGACUUUGGAGAUGUUGAUACUCUUGGCAAUCUUGACCCGACUGGCGAGUACAUCGUAUCAACCCGUGUGAGAUGCGGUCGUUCUCUCGACGGCUACCCCUUCAACCCAUGCUUGACAGAAGCGCAGUACAAAGAGAUGGAAGAAAAAGUGUCAAGCACCUUGAGUGGACUGGAGGGUGAGCUAAAGGGAACCUUCUACCCAUUAACUGGAAUGAGCAAAGAAGUUCAACAGAAGCUCAUUGACGACCACUUCCUCUUCAAAGAGGGAGAUCGUUUCCUCCAGGCUGCCAACGCCUGCCGAUUCUGGCCAACCGGUCGUGGUAUUUACCACAACGAUGCUAAGACUUUCCUCGUCUGGUGCAACGAAGAAGAUCACUUGCGUAUUAUUUCAAUGCAAAUGGGUGGAGAUCUUGGACAGGUCUACCGCCGUUUGGUGACUGCAGUAAACGACAUCGAAAAGCGAUUGCCUUUCUCUCACCAUGACCGGUUCGGUUUCUUGACAUUCUGCCCAACGAAUCUUGGAACCACCAUCCGUGCUUCAGUGCACAUCAAGGUGCCAAAAUUGGCCGCUAACAAAGCCAAGCUCGAGGAAGUUGCCAGUAAAUUCAACCUCCAAGUUCGUGGAACCCGCGGAGAGCACACCGAAGCCGAGGGUGGAAUCUACGACAUCUCAAACAAGCGCCGUCUUGGUCUUACUGAGUACCAGGCCGUUAAAGAAAUGCACGACGGUAUUGCCGAGCUUAUCAAGAUCGAGAAAGAGCUUUAAGCGUCUUUUAUUUAAAACAAAUAACAUUUUUUUUGUCUCUAAAAACGUGAUCGCGCUUUUGUUACCCCAAAAAUAAUCAAACAACCCAUAAUAUUCGUUAGUACAGUACAUACGAUUAUUCUGUACAAUAAUUGCGCGGUUUCUCAGUCAAGCUAAUAUUAUCGACUGAUGAUACAUUAAAAAAUAAAAAAAUAAUUAAAUAAACAAACAAGUUGAUAUUAAUAUUAAUUAAUUAAAUUUGUUGGUUUAGUGUUACCAAUUACAAACUAGUUACCAAGCUUAGAAAAAAUAAAUUUUUUUUCAAUGCUUACGCACAGUUAAGUUUAUUUAUCAUUUAAAAUGGAAUAUUUUUUUUUUUUAAUGAAAUUAUUUAAAAAAAAUAAAUUACACGUCUGUUAAUGCAAGUCUAGUGGGCAGCUAAAAAUUUAAUUAAUAAUAAUAAAAAACUAAGUAAUCAAAAGUAAACAACGUUAAGCUUAAAGUAAUUAAUAAAACAAUUAAUUAAUUAAUUAAUAGGUUGUUAUUUAUUAUUUAAAUUCCACUUUACGCUGUUUAUAAUUAUUUUAAAGAACAAUUAAAUUUUAAUUGCAAUAGUUUUAUUGUUGUUAAUAAGCUCGCAGUUAUUUAAAUCGCAAUUGAUGUUAAUGUUGACUAGUCGCUUGCAUUAGUUAUUAAGAACAUAGCGAUGUUACUCUUAUCGUUGUCUUGAAAAUCAAAAUGAUUAAUAAAAUAUUUUUUUUUUCUACACCGACUAACACCACACGAGAGUACCUUCUGUUAACAGAGAAAAAGAUAAAUUUAAUUAUUUAAAGUUUUAAAGUUGUAAAACAAACAUCGAUGUACUGAAUGCUAAUUGAGAACACAAAUAAAAAAAUUACACCUGAUACAAUA